CUGCCCUGGCGGGAGGAGAAAGAGAGAGCCUAGCAUAAAGCAUAUACGUUUCUGGUGUCCGAGAUCAGCGGCUCAGCGGCAAAGUACGAGAAAAGAGACAAUGGCUUCUGAAGCCAUCCAACAGGAAACUCAGACAUCGCCACCAAAGCAAGCUGGAUGGCCUGGAUGGCCAAUAUUCUAUUGUCCCAAAUCCCAAAUUCAAAACAGCGGAGAAAUUGCAAAGAUCCGUGAAGAAUGCAGAAGCGAAAGUUUCUGGUACAGAGCUCUUCCUUUGUCUCUUGGGAGCAUGCUUGUCACCCAGGGGCUGGUCUCAAAAGGCAUUUUCUCAGCAAACCCAAGAUUUGGUGCAUUUCCAAAGAUGGCAAUUGCUGGUGUCUUAGGCUAUGCCAUUGGGAAGAUGUCAUACAUUGGAGAAUGCCAAAAAAAGUUUGAGAAAAUUGGUAUUGUACCAUGGGGUCCACCAAAAAAAGGGCAUUGCCAUGAUACUUUCAAAGAGUGUGAAGCAAAAUUGGGAUCGACUGCCAAAGAAGGUUCGGUUCCUUCAGCAUCUUAGACACAGGUAUGCAGAAGAUGAUAAAAAUCUUAGGGACCAGCUUCUUCCUUCAAAAUUUUUCUGGAUCAGCUUCUUUCAAAGCUUGAUUUUACUGAGAAGAAAUAAUAACUUCAGUUUGGUGUAAAUCAGCUUCUUUGAAGUAGUUGCAUAAUGGUUCAUAGUUCUGCUCAUAGUAAAUACUGGUUCCUUGUAAUGCACUUUUUGGGUUAUUUUCUGCCCUUCACUGCAAUUUAGCUCUUGGUGCAGAAAAAUGGGAUUUGUCUGUUGUAAUUAAAUGCUGGCAAUACCUCAUGGAGCAAGAAAAAUGUCUUAUGCUGGAAUGUUCAUAGAAUCAGAAUGCCAGGUUGGCAGGGACUCCAAGGAUCAUCUGAUCCAACCUUUCUAGGUGAUGGUGGGGAUUAAAUGAGAUGGCCCAGUACCUUGAGUUUGAAAACUAAGCAUUGUAGGGGAAUCUACUGCUCCUCUUAAGAUUGUUUGGGAGAAUGUUUGCCUUCUGUGCCAGAAGAGUGCAGGAAUCUUUAAAUGGUCUUGCACAGCUAAGUGCCUACUCAGUCUCUGAGCUGAUUCCUUGUUUAUGGAGUGGUUUAAGAGUAUGAAGCUGGAAGUUCAUCAGUGUGGCAGCACCCUACAAUUACUGUGCUGAACCAACUCUUAAUAAGUUUCUACAUAGAAGUCCACUUUGCUGGGAUUUCAAAAGCAGAUGGCACAUUCAGAAUGAACAAGAAGGUGCAGUAGUUUGGAGCAGUUUCUGGUCUGCACACUA